UUCUUGACUUUCCUUUCCUUUCUUUCCACCGCCCUCUGCGGUAGCUGGUCGCUGUCAACUUUAUUACUCUUGCUUUCAUUCACCUCUCGGAUUCCAAUUCUACAAUAGUUCGUCAGCAGGCUUGUCUGACAUCUCGUGUUUUCUAUUUCACUUCUGCUUGCCAUGAAGCAGGCAAUUGAACAAGCAGGAUCUAUGUUCACUGGCUGGAUAUCCUCCUGCUCGUUCUGUGUGCACGCCGAGAAUGACGACGAGAGUUACCAUCAUCAUCAAGAAGCCAUGCAGCGCAAAGGUGCCGAACGGGAGAUGAAGAUAUGCCAUACCCAGCAACCGCGUCUCAUUCCUCCGAUGAAGCCCUUCGUCUACGAUGAAGCUCCGACUCCACCACGCCCCCAACCCCGGACGCCAUCCUUCCCCUCAUGGAUGCUCGAAAGCAAGAACCGCGCCAGCAUCUCUCUGAAGAGGAAAUCGACCGCCGCACCGCCCAUCCGCAUCAGCGCCCCGUCCGACUUCCGACGAGUGUCGACUUUCCUGCCUGACGCUGAUGUUGCAGUGGCGGAUGGAUUGUUCUCUCCGCUGGAGCUAAGCUUCAACGCCCCGGGCCGCCAGCUGCCCGCGUUGCCUCACUUCGAGGACUUUCCUCUCCAGACCGACCGUCGUUCCCCGAUCAGCAUCACCCGGCCUCCGCGAGCCGUAGCCCUGGCCGGCGAGAGAAGUCGUCCGCCUCAGCCUACUCCGCGAGCCCAGCAUCGACCGUCGUCCUCGUUCCAGCUGCCCCGCAAGCCUGUGGGGUCUGGUUCACGUCGUUCGUCGCUUGCAGCGCAUGAGUACCUUGGUAUUGGGGAGAGACAAGCCGCCACCACCACCAACAAUCACAACAACCACAACAGCAGCAGCAGCAAAAGCAGUCCCUUCAUCCCUCACUUCUCGAGUCGCAUUUCAUCUGCCGUUGCCGUCGUACCAGGCACGAACACAGACGACCAAGCUCCACCCCGACAGUCCAACAACGCAGCAGCAGCAGCAGCAACAACAACAACAACAACAACAUCAUCAUCAUCAUCCAAGCCCCCCAGAACACCACCCCACCCCACCAACCUGCAGGACAGGCCCCUACCAUGCAUCCCCACCCCGGAAGAAGACGACGAAACCUCCCCGUCAUCGCGAAGCACAACCUCCCCCAACCAUCCCCCAAGAACCCCCACCGACGACCGCGAACGAACCCCCUCCCGCUCCGGCCGCGUCACGCAAUGGCUAUUCCACACCACCAGCAGCAACAGCACCAGCAGCACCAGCAGCAGCCGCCCAACCACAAAAAACCAGUCCCCAGCCCUAUCCCCUCCCACCUGGCUGAAACAGGAGAAUCAGACCCAGAAAGGUGGUAGCAGUCCCUUCCGCAUCCGCUCGCGCACCCUCAGCGGAUCGACGCUCGCCUCCUCGAUCACGAAUCUGACCGGAGGGGUGGGGAUGGGCUUCAAGGGCAGCAGCAUCAGCAGCACCUCUUGCCCGGCUCCUCCUGCAGCAGCUGCAAUUGCGGAUACCGCGAAGGGAAUCUUAAACAAAGAGCUAGGCAGUCCGUUCAUUCCGCGGGUGGCGGAAGACCGCAGCGUGUACCCCACGAUCUUCGAGAGCGAAUCUCAUCACCCGCAGCAGCGGCAGCAGCAGCGACACUCUCACCACCAAGAUCAACACCAACAUCAACACCACCGCGACCAAGAAGAGUACGAAGACCUGCGUCAAUCCCAGUAUUACGAGAACUACCGACACUCGGCCGUUGGACUUGCUUUCUGAACGCCUGACUUUCGACUGAAUUGUACCAGAAGCACACCAACUCAAUCGUCAAUCCCGGAAUAUAUGUCAGCUCCCUGAGCCCCGUCUUCAAAAAGAGAAGAAAAAAAAAAAAGGAAAGAUACGGAUACGGAACCUCCCUUCCCUAGAUUAUUCCCCCUCAGCUUGGUGUAUGUCACUCACUAUAACCCCCCCUCUUCCCAAAUUUGCCAGUUCAAACUCAAGUCUGGAUCUGAUCUAUGCUCAUGCUCAUGCCCAUGCCCAUGCCUUAAUGCU